UACCCUACAUACAUACAUCCGAACUGCAUACAUCAAUCAAUCAGUGUACACUCUAGGUUGCCUCAACCUAAAAUACAGGAUAACAUUAAACAACAUUACCUUUCCUUAUUGCUACAGCGUACUUUUUUUUGGUAGUCAUUCAAACCUCUUUCAUCUAUUUGCACGUUUGCACGUUUCCGCACUUCCCACAUAUUUCCGCUUUAGACCCUCUCCCUGCUGCGACACUUCGAAGACUCCUUAAACCUGGUCGGACUUAUUGUUAUCUUCACCGUUGCGACAAAACCCCACCUUGCCAUCAUUCGCUUUCGCUUUGGAACUUGUCGCAUAAUCAACAACCCCCCCUUCACCCAUCGGCCUCGCGAGUUUCGAGAUUUGACACACGACGAACGCCAACUUUCCCGCCUCUCCAAAAGACAUCAUACCUAAUAGAAUAGUCGCUACCGCAAGGCUACUGAAUCGAAGAUGGGAAAAUCUCAAUCGAAACUCUCCCAGGAACAACUAGCCGAACUCCAGAAAUCCACGCAUUUCGACAAGAAGGAACUGCAACAAUGGUACAAGGGCUUCUUAAAAGACUGCCCAUCCGGCAUGCUCACGAAAGAAGAGUUCCAGAAGAUCUACCGACAAUUCUUUCCGUUUGGUGAUCCAUCUUCGUUUGCAGAUUAUGUAUUCAACGUCUUCGAUUCGGACAAGUCCGGCUCGAUCGAUUUCAAGGAAUUCAUCUGCGCUCUAAGUGUCACAAGCCGAGGAAAGAUGGAGGACAAGCUUGAUUGGGCUUUCCAGUUAUAUGACAUCGAUGGUGACGGCAAAAUUAGCUAUGAAGAGAUGCUCAAGAUCGUGGAAGCGAUCUACAAAAUGGUCGGUUCGAUGGUGAAGCUUCCCGAGGACGAAGAUACCCCCGAAAAGCGUGUUAGGAAGAUCUUCCGCAUGAUGGAUAAAGACGAAAACGGCAGUCUAGAUAUGGAGGAGUUCAAAGAAGGCAGCAAACGCGACGAGACAAUUGUCUCGGCACUCUCAUUAUACGACGGGCUGGUGUAAUUCUUACUACGUAAGAGUAUAGUUAGACAGCAACGGGCCUUUCCAGAACAGACGACUUCGGGAAUAUAGGAAGAGGACUUAGCAG